UCUUGACGCCCCAACUCCUCGAUCCUCUUUUUCGCCCACAGUAAGACGCACUCGUUAGCAAAAGUCCCUGGAUCUCUCUGUCAUUCUGCCCUCAACCGCCAAAGCCCUAGUUCCCCCUUCUUUUUCUCAUCCUUGCCUUCUAUCCCCUUUACUUUUUCUCCGUCCAUUCCCUCCUCUCGCAAUAUCCUCUUCGUUUUCUCACUCGCAGUCUGGACACUAGUCUCCGUCUUCUCCUCAACUCGACCAGGGAAUGGAAAUAUGGCGGGGAUGGGGCCUCGAAACUCACUGGCGGCGGUUGACUCCCCAAAAGUGCCCCUGUCAUGCCAAGACGUAGCUUGCAGCUCUUUAUCCUGCUCGGCCUAACCGACUCGAAUCUGCUGUCAGCAAACGACUCUGUCCAAAUGGGGGAAAUGACCGUUUCUUGUGGCCCACAAGCCAGCUUCGUCGACCGACUAAGACACUUAACAAGCCGCCGAGGUUGUGGUUGGCGAUGUAAACCAUGACAACUACAACAACAACAACAACAACAACAACAACAACAACAACAACGACAACCCAGAUAAACUCGAUAACUGCUCCCCCCUCGACCAAAGCCCUGCUGCCUCGCCUCUCUCUCUCUCUCUCUCCCCCUGCAUGCUGAAAACCGAACACCGCGGGUUCACUUACUCGCAGGAGGAAGAAUGCAAUGGAUUUGUACACCUGGAAGAACAUUAGCUUUUGCUUCUUGGCGACAACCCACGCUGCCUUUGCAUCAGUAACAUCUCGCCU